UCAGUUUAUGGUUUUUUCGUCCUACCCUGCGUCCUAGUUCCAGCAGCAUGUUUUGGGGAUUUAUCAACAAUUGCACCCAGUUUGUUAGAGGAGGAGUAGGGGAUGAGGCUCUUCAGCCUCUUCUUUCCUUCUUCUCUUUUGAGUCAGUUACAUCACUUUUGGAGAAGGUUCAGCAUCUCCUGAAUGUUAAAGACACCACCUCCCUGGUAUUUCACCUGGUGACUUUCCUCUAUAUGGUUUAUAGCUUUUCUAGAAUGAGUCACACACUGCUAAACACUGUAGGGCAGCAGAUAGAGGCAAGGGAGCAGGGAGAUAAAUCAGUCACUCAGGCUGCAGCUAAACCAGACAGUGAGGCUAAGACACCGGCAGUUGCUGCAGUAAAGAAGGGAAAGAAGCACACGGACAAAACCGAUCGACCAGUAGACGAUGAUUCAGGUGAAGGAUCCUCAAUGCCUCCUGACACCCAGUCAGGAGUCAAACCACCUGACACACAAUCAGAAGCUGAAGCAACUGAUGAUACACAGUCAGAAGCCGAACCAACUGAUACAAAAUCGGAAGCCAAAUCAACUGGCACAAGAUCGGGAGUCCAACCAACUAGCACACGAUCAGGAGCCCAACCAGCUGCUACAACAUCAGGAGCCCAACCAACUGCUGCAAGAGCAGGAGCCCGACCAACUGCUGCAAGAGCAGGAGAUACUAUUGAGUCCUUUUCCCUGAAGGACCUUCGUGGCCUAAGAAAGGAUUAUACUCGACGACCUGAUGAAUCUAUAAUUAGUUGGUUAGUCCGUCUUUGGGAUGCUGCAGGCGAGGCUACAAUACUGGAUGGCACUGAAGCGAGACAUCUGGGAUCCCUGUCACAUGAUCCAGUUAUUGACCAAGAAAUGAUGAGGGAGGCUAGUCCUUGCAGUCUCUGGGAACGGGUCCUGGGAAGUGUGGCACAAAGAUAUCUCUGUGCCGACGAUCUCUAUAUGCAGCAAACCCAGUGGAAAACCAUUGAACAAGGGAUCCAGCGCUUGAGGGAAAUGGCAGUGGCGGAGAUUGUCUUCUCAGAUGACAUAAACACUAGGAACCCCGACUUGGUACCAUGUACACCUGUGAUGUGGCGAAAACUUGUACGACUUGGGCCACAAGAAUACUCCUCUGCUUUAGCAAUAAUGAAGCGGGAUGAGACAGAAGAGACCGUGCUUGAUAUGGCGAAGAAGCUACGAACAUAUGCAGAUGCCGUGCAUGGUCCAACACAUGCAAGAAUUGCAGCUCUGGAAACACAGGUGCGGGGAUUAGCAGACAAGAUAGAGGAGAAUCACAAAGAACUCAAGCAGGACAUUCUCCAGAUCUCUGCAGUACAAGUUAGGGGCUCUGGCACCACACGCAAACGUUCCCUAGAUAGAGAGGGAAAAGGCAUCCCACGGGCUAAGCUGUGGGUCCUCCUGCGUGAAUGUGGAGAAAACAUGAAAAGAUGGGAUGGAGAAUCUACUGAUGCUAUGACACAACGGCUGCAUGAAUUGUUGGAUGGCAAGACUAUGAGAGGAAGUUCCAGCAAGAAGGAAGCAGCUCCGGUUACCCAGGGAAAUAAGGAUAAUCAGGCUUAGAGGGGCCCUGCCUCUAGCCAGGUAGAGGCUAGGGAAAACCGUGUUUUUUGGACUGUGUGGAUUCGUUGGCCUGGCACAUCAGAACCACAAAAAUACGAGGCCUUAGUUGACACUGGUGCACAGUGCACAUUACUUCCAUCAAGACAUGUGGGGGAAGAAUCUGUUUCCAUUGCUGGGGUGACAGGGGGUUCACAAGAUUUUACUUUGGUGGAGGCUGAUGUGAGCCUGACUGGAAAUGAGUGGAAGAGACACCCUAUUGUGACUGGCCCAGAAGCUCCAUGCAUUUUGGGCAUAGACUUCCUCCGAAAUGGGUAUUUCAAAGACCCAAAGGGAUUUAGGUGGGCAUUCGGGAUAGCAGCUGUAGAGACAGAGGGUGUUAAGCAGUUGAAUACCUUGCCUGGACUAUCAGAGAACCCAUCUGCUGUAGGUCUUCUGAAGGUGGAAGAGCAACAAGUGCCAAUUGCCACUUCAAUAGUGCAUCGCCGACAGUACAGAACAACUCGAGAUGCUGUGAUCCCC